UUCUUUCCACAAGUUGUACCUACCAGCCGUCGGACAAUACAGUAAGAAGGUUCCCUUUCGGUUCGUCUGGACGAGGCUCUGUGGUUAGAGCUCGCGGAUUUGCUCAGUCGGCAUCAUAAGCGUCAACGACCAAUUCGAUCAAUUAUGACGCAGUAGGCGGCUGACAAACUUCACUCUUUACCUCUGCCCUAGGAUACAAACAGCACAAAUUCGAUGCGAUGAAGAGCAUGGCAGCUUUCGAUCCUCGGCCGAACGGCGCUCCUCCGGCGGUUAGCCACACUGAGUCCCACGAUUAUUUCCCUCCACACAUCGACGAAGAGUAUGACCGACCGAUAUCACCCUUGCAAAUGCCUCCUGGCCAAAUUGAUGGCCUGGAGAGUUUGCAGGCCGAAAGCUUCUUGAAGGGCCGAGGACAACCUCCUGCUAGGAGAGGUUCUGGGAAUAGCAGCCUUCUUCUUCUGGACAUACCUAGGUUCCCCCCGCCAACUGAACUAGCGAUGUCUGCGAUGCAAUACUUACCAUACCCACUUCUUGUCUUGAGUAGCUUGAAGACUUUGGUAAUGGCUAACGAAGCCAUGGGAAGACUACUUAGCAUUGAGGACGAUGAUGGGGAUUCUGUAAGCGAUGAUGGCAUUCCGGGAGUGGAGAGACUCAGAGGCCAGACGCUAGGUCAACUCGGCAUCGACAUGCUUCAAGAUGGAAGGCCUGUAUGGGUAACAUGGGAUUCGUUUCUCGACAGUCUGGCAGACGAUUUGGGCACGCAUAUGAGCCACGAUAUCCUUCAACCUGAGUCGGAAUUUAGUGAAGGAGAUGUAACUCCAACGGCCGAAAGAGCAGAGCACUCAAGCAGACGCUCGAGCGCAAACAAGAACCGCUCAACUGUACAUGAUGCUGUUGUGGAAGUCAUUAUCAGUUCCGAAAACAUAUCACCCUCCUGUUUUGCUCGAUCCGAUCAACGACCAACAGGCAAACACGUUUUUGCCAAAAUGAUCAUAACCGUCUGGGAGAUUGAAGAGGAGAGGUUCUUUACGAUGACCUUUACGAGUACUGAUACAAAUCAAGCAUCUCUUCCAAAUUCAAGAGGAACGUCGAGACAAGUUAGAAGGGCUGCGAAGCACACCUCGAGGAGGUCGGGAACUCAAUCCAGCCCGUCGUCCGUUAGCUCUGGUCGAAGCUCGAACCGCGGUGGGAGUAGCAACUCUUCAGCUAUAGCUAGUCCGACAAAUACUUCGAUGUCAUCGAGUCCUUUUCCGCCUCUCGGCCCACCCACUAGAACCACUCUCUCAAAUGCACCUUCGAGUUUGCAGAAGGCCAUAAUGAUGAAGGAUGCUUUACUUGACAACACGCAAGUUCCCAUUCUGGCAAUGUGGAAGGAUGAAAGCUUGACUAUUCCCAAUCGAGCGGCUAGACGAUUGUUUCAUCCCAGUGCAGACUUGACAAUAGUAAAAGAUGGAUUCGAUCUUGUAUCGAAGUGGCAUGUGUGGGAUGAGACUUUUACAACAAAAUUAGACCCUUCCGAAUACCCAAUUUCGGUGUUAGUAAGGACUCAAACACCCUUCGAACACAGGAAGAUUGGUAUUUAUGAUCCUGAGACUGAUCGAAGAAUUGUCUUCGAUUGUCUCGGAGAAGCUCUCAGGGACGAGCACUCGGGCGAGUUUCUUGCCGGCGUUGUUACCUGCAGAGAUAUUACAAGUAUGACAGAACAAAUGAACGAGAUCAAAGAGAAGGACGAACAGAGAUUUGAACUCAUCUGUGACAGUAUGCCGCAGAUGAUAUGGACAACAACUCCAGAAGGCAUGCACGAUUGGUUUAGUCAAAGAUGGUAUGAAUAUACCGGACUCACAGAAGAGCAAUCAUUGGGAAUGGGCUGGCAAUUACCAUUCCACCCAGAUGACAUGCCCGCAACAGGCAAGAGGUGGCAACACUCCCUCAAAACAGGAGAUCCAUAUAGCACCGAGUAUCGUUGUCGAGCUAAGAAUGGAGAAUGGAGGUGGAUGCUAGGGCGUGCGCUCCCCCUGCGAAACAAACAAACGGGCGCCAUCGAAAAAUGGUUUGGUACCUGCACCGAUAUUCAUGAGGGCGUUGAGUCAAGAUUUGCGGCCAAGAGAAUGCGUCAACAACUACGGUCGGUCAUAGGUCACGCCCAAGUCACACUAUUCUCUGUCGACAGAAAUCACAGGAUCACUCUUCUUGAAGGCGCUUUCAUCUGGGAUCUGGAAGGUGAAGGUGGUUCUGGGGACGAAAAUGGCAAGGGAAAUAAAGGAGAAGAAUACAUCGGCAAGAACGUCUAUGAUGUCUUUCACAAUUUUGGAGCUCCACGUAGAGACGGCAAAGUCCCUACGGCCCUGCAGCCAAUCGAGGACAUUUUGACCGGCAAGAUUAUGGAGGACGUUCAGGAGCACUGCAUCGAUUCUCGGUAUUACAGGACCAGAUUUGUUCCGGUCCUUGGCAAGAAGGAUAGUGGGGGUCACGAAAAUAAUGCUUUUAUAGACGGAGUGAUUGGAGUCAGUAUGGACGUGACUGAGGUCAAGGACCGCGAGCUUGAGCUGCAGAUGCAAGAGAAGGAGAACACGAGGUUGCUCGCCAACGAGGCAGCUGCCAGAGAAGCCAGUCGAUUGAAGAGUCAGUUUCUCGCCAACAUGUCUCAUGAAAUUCGCACUCCCAUUGCGGGCGUCAUUGGAAUGGCAGAACUCCUUACAGACAUGGACCUCAACGAAGAGCAACAGGUAUGUGCUGAGAAUAUACAACGGUCUGCGAACGGCCUUCUUACCGUCAUCAACGACAUCCUAGAUUUCUCAAAAGUCGAAUCUGGUCGCCUGGAUAUCGAGGAGGUUCAAUUCUCGCUAUCUGUGGUAGUUAGAGAUGUGAGCAAAAUGUUAGGCUUUGCUGCGGAGCGAAAGAAUCUGAUUUUCGAAUCGAAUAUCGCGGUGGGGUUGGACAGAGAUCUCAUUGUGAUGGGUGAUCCAGGCCGAGUCCGUCAAAUCAUCACUAAUCUACUCACGAACAGCAUCAAGUUCACCAGCGAGGGCUAUGUCAAGUUCUCUGUCGUGAAAGAGAGGGAGACAGCAGACAUUUUCGAAGUUAAAUUUGUUGUCGAGGACACCGGUAUUGGGAUCGAGGAAGAAGUCCGCAAGCGACUCUUUAAGCCAUUCUGCCAAGCCGAUUCUUCUACGGCUCGACGUUUCGGAGGGACUGGUCUUGGCCUGACGAUCAGCAAGAACUUAGUCGACCUCAUGCAUGGGGAGAUUAGUCUCCAAUCAAGUCUGGGAAAUGGCACCACAGCGACCUUUUCCAUCCCGUUUAAUAAACCUCAGUAUCAUAAUGGAACCGCUACGAUCAUGGAUGCAGGAAAUCUCCCAGACCGCCUUCAAUCCGAGAUGAGCGUGUCUUGCAACAGCUCAGAAUAUGAGCAAUUUGUUGAAACUCCUUCUGCACAGAGUCCUAGCGAUCCUCACAGGAUGCGCCGCAAACCAAGCUCGAUUAGCAUGACUCCACCUGUACCCACGGAACUCGAAUUGUCGCCUGAGGAGAGGGCUAAGACCAAGAUUUUGGUCGUUGAAGACAAUGCCAUCAACCAGCAAAUAGCCCUCAAAACCAUCCGCAAGCUCGGCUUCGAGGUCUCCGCAGUCUGGAACGGCAAAGAAGCACUCGACUAUCUCUCCGCAGCCGACUCUCCCGACCCGCCGCACCCCAAACCAGACAUCAUCCUCAUGGACGUCCAAAUGCCCAUCAUAGACGGCUACCGCGCGACCCACCUCAUCCGGCAUCACGCCCCCUACAACAUCUCAGCCCGCAACAUUCCCAUCGUCGCCAUGACCGCCUCAGCCAUCCAAGGCGAUCGAGAAAAAUGCAAGAAAGCGGGCAUGGACGACUACCUCGCCAAGCCCGUCAAAGGCAAAACCUUGGAGAAAAUGCUGGUGAGAUGGGCGACGAGUAGACGCGUUCCUCGCACUCCAGCCGCAGGUUCAGAGGGAAGCGCUUGUUCGGAAUCCGACGGGCAUAACUGUGAGUCCGCGGCUGUGCCGAUCUUUGGCCAAGUUCAAAUCGGAGGAAAAUCUAGCAAGAAUAGUAAUAGUCCGCCGGUAAAGGAACCACCACAGAUUCAGACGAGCAGACCGACGACGAAGGAGAGGCAGAACUCGCAUCGUUUGAAUCUUCCUGGGACGGAGAGUGAGGGAGAUAGGGCUGGGAGGAGGGAGGAGGCGGAGGAGAAGGCGACAGCGUUGAGGGAUGAGAAGUUGGUUGAGGCGGCGAGUAGCCAUGGUGAGAGACUGAUUCCGCCUCAUGGAGAAGGGAGGGAGCAAGGGCAGAAGCUGACGGUGGAGAAUGUGGGGAAAUUGGAGAGGGAGGCGGGGUUGAGAAGCCCCAGAGAGAGCGUGGGGCUGGGGAAGGGGAGAAGUGAGCGUAUUGGUGACGUUGGCUAUGAGGGGAAGGAUGGAGAUUGGAAAGGGAAAAGGGAGAGGAGUCGUAGUGCGGAGAGACCGAAGAUGGAGAGGAGGUGGAUGGAUAGUGAGAGGACUGUUACGGGGAGGGAACCUGAUUAGGUGAUGAUAUAUAUGUGGAUGUAUGUAUGGCGUUUGGGAUAUCAUAGUUGAUGGGGGUUGCAUUAGCGGGCAUUGGGGCGCGGUCAUCUUUGCUGCAAAACGGGGCUGUUUAAGGAUGUUUGAGAUGAUAAACGAUUUACAGGACAGGUGUGAAUAUUAAUGAAACGGAUGUUCGCUGCAGAUAUUCGUAGAGUACAUAUACUAUGACUCGAACUUAU